AUGGUCUCUCCGACGCGUGACGCGACGUGCGACGUGCACGCCGCAACUUCCGUAACGCCCCAACAACGCGACUUCUCUUCGACGCGCACAACGCGAAAACCCCUCAGGUUUCACUUUCAAAACGGUAAAUCCCCCGGUUUUAAAAUGGGUUUCGAGUACAGCACAAAGCGUCGAAGGUCCAGCAAACAAAAGGAGAAUACAGCAAGGGCAUUGCAAAUUGCUCAAGCACGGCGACGCGGUGGCCAAAUUUCCCCAGAAGCUACCAGUCAGAAACACUUCUCAGUAAUAUUAUCGCCAGACCUGCUGCGCCAGAUCUUGGAAUUGGUCGUGGACGAGCACGGUAGAAAAUACGGGCCAAAAUUGCUGCUCGUGUCACGGAGUGCAUAUGAAUGGAUUCGGCCCAUGCUAUACAGGGUUAUCGUUCAAUUCGUGAACCCGCAUUUCGAAUCCCCCACCGAAACGAACCUACCCCCUUCUUCUGUGGACGUGAAGUUAGAAGACGUGGGUAAAUUCGCCGAACAUCUCCUUGUUGGAGGCUCGCGAAAUGCGGAGGAGGUUAACCGAAUUCUGGAGGCAAGCCCAAACGUCUUCAACCUGGCCAUCUGGAGUGAGAAGUCCCUCCGUCGAUUUCUACCACACCUGCGGCGCCUCAGCCCCCGCCAGCUUUCCGCCAAUAUCGACUCCAUGGACCCGGAAGAUUUCCAAGGCCCUGCUUUCUCGAAUCUCACUCACCUGGAUGUCGUUGGGUGGAACGACGAGCCCUGGAGCACCUGGAAGCAGCUCGUAACCCUCCCAAAGCUUACCCAUCUCUCGAUUAAUUGUCCAGUCGCCUCCCAAGUUGUACUCGACCUUCUUUCGGAGUGCAAACACCUACAGGUGCUAGUCAUACUCAAGAGGGGAAGUGAUUGGUUGGAAAUGAAAUGUCUGCAGCCCAAUGCAUACGAAAACGCCUACAAGACCAUUGACGACCACCGAUUGGUGUUGCUAGACCAAACUCCUGCUGGAGACGUUUCGCAAGAUUGGAUCAAUGGUGCUCGUGGGGAGAUGAAUGUGUGGACCUUUGCGGAGAAGAUCUCUUACGCUCGAAAACAUAAGAUGUUCAGUGAUUGUUCACAGAGAUCGUUCUCAGCGAAGCCCUGGGAUUCAAUGCAGGCCACGUUUGGGACUGGUCUUAGGAUGAUGUAA